CUCAAAGCCAAACGGACCCUCGACAGUUCGCGGCCCAGCUGGUCCUGUCGGCAUACUACGAAGCAUCCCCACGAUCUCUCUCUAUGGUUUUGGUCUAUACAUACACUCAAAGCUCACUUCUAACUCAAGUACUGAACUCUGGUUAACUAACCACACUCUUCAGUUAUAUACACUCAAUCCACAAAAAAAAAAAAAAUAGAAAGAAAAUCGUUUGCGUAUUUUUAUUAUUAUGAUUAUUUGUUUUUCCAAAAACGCUUUGUUUUGGAGAGACGUAGAAAAGGGGAGAGAGACUGGCGCUUUUGCUGUUUUGGUGAUCAAACUCGGAUUUGAAAUGAGCUCAUUUGGGAGGCAUUCAGUGUAAUUUGAGAGGGAAAAUGAUGUGAUUUUUGUAAUUUGAGUGGAAGAUGAUGUGAUGUAGAAAUUGGAUUUCUUUUUCUGGUUUGGCAUUGAUCUUGUUGGUUGGUUGUGGAUCCGGAUUCAUGGAGUCUCGAAUGGAUCAGUACGAGAUCAUGGAGCAGAUCGGACGCGGAGCGUUCGGGGCUGCCAUUCUUGUGAAUCACAAAUCGGAGAAGAAGAAGUAUGUAUUGAAGAAGAUCAGGUUGGCACGACAAACGGAGAGGUGCCGGAGAUCUGCUCAUCAGGAGAUGGCUCUAAUUGCGAGAAUCCAACACCCUUACAUUGUUGAAUUUAAGGAAGCAUGGGUAGAGAAGGGUUGCUAUGUUUGCAUUGUCACUGGAUAUUGUGAAGGAGGAGACAUGGCAGAAUUGAUGAAAAAAUCGAAUGGCGCCUACUUUCCUGAGGAGAAACUUUGCAAAUGGUUUGCGCAAUUAUUAUUGGCUGUCGAAUAUCUGCAUUCAAAUUAUGUUCUACACCGGGAUCUUAAAUGUUCCAACAUCUUUCUUACCAAAGAUAAGGAUGUCCGCCUUGGGGAUUUUGGACUUGCCAAAACUUUGAAGGCUGAUGACUUGGCUUCUUCAGUAGUUGGAACUCCCAAUUACAUGUGUCCUGAACUUCUUGCAGAUAUUCCUUAUGGCUUCAAAUCUGAUAUCUGGUCUCUAGGUUGCUGUAUGUAUGAGAUGGCUGCUCAUCGCCCUGCAUUUAAGGCUUUUGAUAUGGCUGGAUUAAUAAGUAAAAUAAACCGUUCUUCUAUUGGUCCUUUGCCCUCAUGCUAUUCCCCUUCUUUGAAAACACUUAUAAAGGGCAUGCUGAGAAAGAACCCUGAGCAUCGACCAAGUGCAUCCGAGAUUUUAAAACACCCCUAUCUACAGCCUUAUGUUGAUCAACAUCGAUCAUCCUUCAAUCCUCCUACUGCCUAUUCCUUAGAGAAGCCUAUAUCUACUACUCGUGAUUCUCGUAAGAACAUGGCUGAAAGCCAAGGCAGUAAUAGUUCUGGUAGUGACAAAGAUAGUUUGCUUUCAAGUGAGAAAAACAUCUCAGCAAUGGUUAUCAACUGUGAUACUAAAGCCAAUGACACAGAUUUGGGAUCUGUUGAUGAUGAAGUUGGCUCUGACCAGCCCUCACCCAGUGGUGAAAAUGGAGCCAACACGUGCACUGUCAAAAUGGAUGAACGAGGGGUAAUGAAAUCCUCGCAUGAUGAGCAUGGAUUAAAUGCUGAAUCAAAGCAACCAAAAACAAUUAAAAAUAUUUGGAUGGCUCUAAAAGAAGGAAAAGUUAGAGAAAAUAGUUCUCCAAUGAGAGGCAACCGUACAAAGCCUGGAGGUCAGUCAACCCAAAAAGCAAACACAGAAGCAUCACUCAAAGUUCCCAAGCCCAGUAUGGUCUCUCCUGGUUUCAAGUCUAAUGCAGAUGCUCCAACUUCAAUCCCAACCAAGGCAGUCUUUGAUUCUGCAAAACGGAUUCAGGGUUCACAUCCUUUAAAGCACCAGUUACCUAUGUUUGAUCCCUCUCCAAAGACUAAACCCAGACAUGAUGGUAUUCCUCUGCCUGGUCCGUCAAAACAAGUUGUUGAAGAUGGGCUUCCUGCUAAGCCUCGACAAAGAACACCCCCAUCAAAUGUGGUGAGGCGAUCCUCAUUUCCAGGGAGAAUGAGGCAAGUGGGGCCUGAUGUUCCAAACCAAACGAACAAUAUCAUAAAGGUAGGUCCAAGUGAGAUAACUCAAGAACCUCAUAAGACUCAGUAUUUGGUGCCAAAUGGUCAUGCUACGCAUGUAUCAAGAGAAAUUAUACAACAGUCGCAUAAGGCUCUGGCAGGAGCUUCCAAAGGAAUGCAGACAGAUAGCAGCAAUUCUGUCUCAUCUUCAGUGUCAAUUCAAGGGUUUGAGCUUUGUGAUGAUGCAACAACUCCUUUUGUUAACAUGGCGGAGCAAAUACCUCCUGAACAUGAUAGAGGUACUCGCACUGAAAACUUAGAAUCAUGUCCACCCACCUGCUCUCUUGUGUCAGAUGAAAGCCAUGGGCAAGAUAACAAAUCUGUACAAUGCUCGGUUGACAGCUCUGGUUUUGUUCAAGAUCCUGAGGAUAUUACUAUUGGUGGUGAGAAAGUGAGUUCAGGUGCAGUUACAGAGCACCCAUCUCCAGUCUCCAGAGAAGUAUUUGCUUGUAAUGAUGACACCUCUUUGGGCAGGUCUAUUAGGCCAGAAACAGUGACAGAGUCCAUCCUUACUUCUUCAUCCAGUGGUGAUGACAAGUUUACUGUAAGAGAACUUUUGUCAUCACUAGCAGACGCCAGUGCCCCUCCCAGUGCCCCUCCCAGUGCCACUCCCAGUGCCCCUCCCAGUGCCACUCCCACUGUCCCUUCCACUGCCACUCCCACUGCCACUCCCCCUGCCCCUCCUACUCCCUCCAUCUUGUCUGCCCAAAAGAAUUUGCAGCCGGAUAAAGGAAAUAUUUUGCAAAAUCAGUUAAUUGAAAAGCCUGCCUCGGGCCAUCUUCCUUCAGCUUUUGAUGAUGUCAUACAUGUUAUCCGGCACAGUAGUUUCCGUGUUGGGGUUGAGCAGCCAGUGAUUGAAACUGUGGAGAGGAAUAUGGACGUGGGAAAACUAUUAAAUGUAGUAAGGGAUGAGUUGGAGAUGAGAAACCUGAGCACUCCUGCCACUCUGAAAUCAACAAAUUGCUCAGAACCCAUGGCUUUGAAGUCAAAUCUUUCCGAUACUCCUGGCAUUAAGGAAAUGGAUGUAAGGAACACCUCCUCUUCAGUUCCAAAUCCCGAUUCCCCUGAGCCGACAAAACCUUGUUCUCCUGUGACAGAAGAUGAAACACCAGCAAAGGAAACUCUGGAUGUCAAGUCCUUUAGGCAGAGGGCAGAGGCACUUGAAGGGCUAUUAGAAUUGUCAGCAGAGUUGCUGGAGCAAAGUAGACUGGAAGAACUUGCUGUUGUUUUAAAACCUUUUGGAAAAGAUAAGGUCUCCCCAAGGGAGACAGCUAUCUGGUUGGCAAAGAGUCUUAAAGGAAUGAUGGUUGAGGACAGUGGACGAAGUUCAUGAAGUACCACGUCAUGAUAGUAAGUGUUUUCUAUUUUUUAUUGCUCCUGUAGUUUUUAGUUUUUUGUCAUGCUUUCCUCAUUCAAGUUCCAUUUGAAUUUUUAAACAGAACCCAUGAGGCCUGGUCACCCCACCUUUAUUUAAUUUUUAAUUUUUUGUCUUCUUCUGUAAUUCUUUCAAUGCAGUAUGUUGUUGUACAUAUUGACUAUACAAAUUGAAUAAGUUCUGUUUUCAGCCAAACGUAUGUAUAUGCAUGCUGUAGCAUAUAGUGAGUGAACCUAUUAUAUUACUGGGAUUAUUAGUAAGAUGCUGUUGUUGCUC